GUAGAGGAGGAGGAGGAGGGGAAGAGAUAAGUGAUCUAAAGGGGAGACGAUAGGACAAAAAAAAAAAAGUGAUGAUGAUGAAUACAUUGGAAAGUUUUUUGGCCCCGACGAGGGUGUCAGAUUGAAUAUGGAGCUGUGCGCAUGUGCGAAGGUGUCCAAACUGACAAUGCUGGUGAGAUGAAGAUAGUGUUGUUGCUGCUUCUGGGCUCACGGUGGACGACGAGAGGAAUCUACAAGGCGACAAGAUGAGAUCCAAGGCGAGAGCAAGAAAACUGGCUAAAAAUGACAGUGAGCCAGCGGACAGCAUGUAUGACGCGGAGGCCGACCUCCCGGGCUUGGCCGCCGGGGGCUUUUGCACUGACUGUCCCGAAGACGAGGCCGAGGACGGCGUCAUCAACAUGUCUCCCCUGCCCUCACCGACCCCCUCCCAUCCGAACAACAACAACCACCACCACAUGCUGCUGCACCCCCACAUGUACAACAGCCACCAUCACCUCCACAACAACAACAGCAGCAACAAUGACCGGGACUUCACCACGCCCAAGGAAGGCUCGCCCUACGAGGCGCCCGUCUACAUUCCCGACGACAUUCCCAUUCCCGCCGAUCUGGAGCUGCGGGAGUCUUCGGUACCGGGUGCGGGCUUGGGCGUUUGGGCCAAGACUCGCAUCGGAGCCGGCGAGAGGUUCGGUCUGCAUAGCAAGGGCAGCUCUUUCGGAUGGGAGAUGAUGAAUGACCACGACGAGUCGUCCCCCGACAGCUGCGUCAAAAAGGUGGUGGACGACAUGGGCAACAUCAAGUUUGCUCUGGACGCAGGCCCGGACAGCCCUAGCAACAGCUGGCUCAAGUAUGUCCGCUCCGCCCCUUCGUUUCAGGAGCAGAAUCUCGCCGCCUGCCACCUCACUGGAGACCAGAUUUAUUACAAAGCAGUCCGGGACAUCGAUGCAGGGGAGGAGCUUUUAGUGUAUAUGAAGGACGGCAUUUUCCCGGAGGGAUCCAUGGCACCCAAUUUACAAGAUGAUCAGAUGUACCGCUGUGAAGACUGUGACGAACUGUUCUCAUCGACGCUGGAGUUACGGCGACACCAGAAAUAUUCCUGUUCCAGCGCGGGCUCCAUCUUCGACAGCCUCCGAGAAGACUUCAAACAGGAGCGGGAGGACAGCGACGAGCCCGUCCACGAGUGCAAAGACUGUGAGAAGAUCUUCCCGAACGAGUACAGUUUGGGCCAGCACAUGAUAGUUCACACGGAAGAGCGGGAGUACAAGUGUGACCAGUGUCCCAAAGCUUUCAACUGGAAGUCCAACCUCAUUCGUCACCAGAUGUCGCACGACAGCGGCAAGCGCUUUGAGUGUGAAAAUUGUGAUAAGGUACAGCAUACCCGGCACGUCUUCACAGAUCCCAGCAAUCUACAGCGUCACAUCCGCUCGCAACACGUGGGGGCGCGAGCUCACACUUGCCCCGAGUGUGGCAAAACCUUUGCCACUUCAUCAGGCCUCAAACAGCAUAAGCACAUCCACAGCAGUGUCAAACCUUUUAUCUGCCCUGAUGGGCUGUGUCUUCUCGUACCCUCAGGUGAGGUGUGCCACAAAUCCUACACCCAGUUCUCCAACCUCUGCCGCCACAAGCGUAUGCACGCCGACUGUCGCACUCAGAUCAAGUGUAAGGACUGCGGCCAGUUGUUCAGCACUACCUCCUCCCUAAAUAAGCACCGCCGCUUCUGCGAGGGCAAGAACCAUUACGGCUCUCCGACAGCAAUGUUCAAUCCCGGUAUCCCCAUGAGCUCCAGUCCGAUUAUGGCCAAGGCCAAGUCCCAUCAUCCGCACCUCGCUGGUCUGAACCAGUCAGGUUUAGGCUUCACAGACUACUUUCCAUCCAGACCUCACCCUCAUGCCGGCUUGCCGUUCUCCCCAGGACCUCACGGUUUCCCGUCGCUCCCGCAUGGUUUCCCAGGCAUCUUUCCUCCGUCGUUGUAUCCACGACCGCAGCUAUUGCCGGCGAGUCCGAUGAUGAAGACAGCCCUUAGCAACAGCACUCAAGAAGUCAGACUGCCUCAGAGUCCUCUAGAUGUCCCUCCGCUGUCUUUCGUGAGCUCAACAAACAGUAAUGGAGGUAACGGUUUAAGUCUGCCCGAGGACAAAGAUACCGAGACCAAACUGGAUUUGUCAUCCGGUGGAGAGGUAAAAACUAAAUCGAAGAUGGCAGACGUUUCAGAUGGCAGCGACCUGGAAGAUGUUAACACCACAAGCGGGACAGAUUUGGACACCACGACCGGUACGGCCUCAGGUGAUGGUUCUGACCUGGAGAGCGACGGCGAUAGCGAACGCGAGCACAAUGGCAAAAGGAGAAAGCCACCUGCGGUCCUAUCACGCCAAGACGGUCAGCGCUUAGAGGACGCAAACAGUGCGGUGACUCCGGCGGUGUCCAAUUCAGGCAACCUCACCAUUGAGCGUCCUUUUUUGUCUUCGGUGUCGACACAGCCCUCUUUCUUCCCUCCGCCUGAUGAGCAAGCACUUCCACCCACCACCACAAACGCUAACGUGGCCACCACUGAUUCCAUCAAAGCCAUUGCUUCGAUUGCCGAGAAAUAUUUCGGUCCGGGUUUGAUAGGUCUCCAUCAAGAGAAGAAGAUGGGUCCGUUGCCCUACCACUCCAUGUUUCCCUUCCAGUUCUUACCCAAUUUCCACAACUCCUUGUACCCCUUUAGCACUGAACGAGGCGCCCUCAACUCUGGCCUCUUCUUUAAGGAAGAGCUCAAGUCGCCUCGCGAGCAUCUACACAAGAUGGUUUCUGGUGCGCUCGGCACGCCUGUCCCCGCUGCAGAAUCACCCUUUGAUCUCAGUACGAAGCCCAAGGAGACCAAGUCAUCGCCUCCAGCUCCAACGAACCCCUCAAACCCAAACACGAAUACGGGAAGCAGCAGGGGCUCUUCGGUCAUAUCGAGCGGUGAGGAACAACCGUUGGACCUCAGUAUUAACAACAGAAGCCGAGGAGGUCACAACGGUACGGCGGCCGAAGCGCAGAAUCAAAAGAACCACAUCUAUGGAAUAGGAAAGGGGGUGUCCAUCAAGGACGAAACUCCCAAUUUUCCCAUUCCUCACUCCCAGUCCCUGCACCAAUCCCCAAUUGCGCCGCACCACCAGCCACAGUCACACCAACCGCCUCCUCUGCACUACGCCAAACCUUCCGCCUUCUUCAUGGACCCAAUAUACAGCAGGGUGGAGAAAAGGAAGCUACUUGACCCUGUGGGAGCUCUGAAGGAGAAGUUCCUCAGGCCUUCGCCACAGCUCUUUCAUCCGCAGAUGUCCGCCAUGGAGAACAUGACAGAAAAACUGGAAAGCUUUGGUGCACUAAAACUGGACAUGCCGCCCAAUUCACUGCAACAUUCGGCUCACCCGCUCUUCAGCUUCCGCUCGCCUCCUCCUUCGCUCUCGGAGGCCAUCCUCCGCAAGGGCAAGGAACGCUACGCCUGCAGGUACUGUGGGAAAAUCUUCCCCCGCUCGGCAAACCUCACCAGACACUUGCGAACACACACAGGCGAACAGCCUUACAGGUGUAAGUACUGCGACCGCUCGUUCAGCAUCUCGUCCAACCUGCAACGCCACGUUCGCAACAUCCACAACAAGGAGAAACCCUUCAAGUGUCACCUGUGCAACCGCUGUUUCGGUCAGCAAACCAACCUCGACCGCCAUCUCAAGAAACACGAGCACGAGAACAUUCCUGUGAGCCAACAGUCUGGGAUGCUUUCCAACUUAGGAACCACCAUCUCCUCGCCAAACUCCGAGCCGGACAAUCAUGCACUUUUAGAUGAGAAGGAGGACUCGUACUUCUCAGAAAUCCGAAAUUUCAUCUCCAACAGUGAGAUGAACCAGGCCUCCAGCUCCACGGACAAAAGAUCCGACCCGGUUGAGGAGGAGCACCCGAGUGGCCGCAGGUUGUCCAACUCCAAACUGGCCCUCCAGGGGCUGGACGAGGAGGAAGAGGAAGCGGAGGGGGACGAUGAGGAGGAAGAGGAAGGCAGUCUGACAGAAAAGUCUCACGAUGAGGCUCCGGAAUCCCUUUCUCCAGCUGCGACCCGCGCCUACGAAGAGGAGGAGGAUGAGGAAGAGACGACUCCGUUAUCUAUGAGCUACGAACACUCUCGCAGAUGUUUAGAGGAGGAGGGCUCCCUCCUGGACCUCGAAGGUCUAUCCAGCUUCCCCAAGGGCCUGGAUGGCUUACGUAAAGCGGCCGGCGAUGAGCAACAUUUUGACGUUAAAGACAUAUUUAACACCUCGCUAGAGUCGGAGACUUUGAAAGAGACGUUGUAUAGGCAGGCUAAAACCCAGGCUUAUGCAAUGAUGCUGUCUCUCUCCGACAACAACCCUUUGCACACGCCCUCUCAGAACUCUCUGGAUGCUUGGCUCAGCAUGGGAGGCGGAUCGUCCGAGACAAGUAGCUUUCACCCGCUCAACCACAUCUAGACAAGAGAGAAAUGGAGAGGAGGUCGGUGUGGUGGAAGGAGGGAGGAACAGUACCUUGCAUAGAGUAGAGACACAAGUGGAGUGGACACAAGUCGGCAUGAAGAACGGAGAAUUCAGUGUCACGUACAUUCAGUGUGUGUGUGUGUGUGAGUGUGUGUGCGCGAGCGCGUGUGUGAAAGAGAACGUGCGCGAGAGAGAGAAGUGUAGAGACUCCAUAAGAAAGCACUGCUAAGUUCCUGUUGAUGUGAAGGACAUACAUGACGAAUUCUUUUCGACAGCAUUGAAUCUUUGUCGAUCACCCCCCCUUAAGUGUGCUCCGUCUCACCUAGCCACAGCACAGAGCUGACAUUGACGCUCUGUAGACACUUCAAUGACUUGUAUGUCACGAAAGGCUCUGUGUGUGAUGCCUGGAAGAAGAAACAGAAGAAGGAAACAAAAAAAAGUCGCACUGCAGCAUUAAGACUGAAUGUCCACAAGGGGGUGCUGUUUCUCACAAACUGACACUUUGGCC